AUGGGACAAAUAAGAGAUUAUGAUCAUUUAUUCAAGGUUUUAAUUAUUGGGGAUUCUGAGGUUGGUAAAACUAGUUUUUCAGAUUAUUAUUGCACAGGUAUUUUUUCUAAAGAAUAUAAUCCAACCCAAGACCUAACAUAUGAAUUUAAAGAAUCAGUUGUUAUUAAUGGUAAAAUUAUUAGCAUUAAAUUAUUUGAUUUACCAAACCUCCUAACAUCUAGGGAGUUUAGUCGAACUGGGAGCUCAUGGACUCCUCAUCGUAUAAUGGUAAUGUAUGAUGUCAACAAUCUAGAGUCAUUCCAAAAUGUUAAAUUUUAUUUAAGUGAAAUUCGGAGACAUGCAUGCGAAGAUGUUUAUAUAAUGAUAGUUGGUUCAAAAAUAGACAUAUCAGAAACCAACAAUCCAAAAUUUUUCGGUGACAAUAUAAGAAAAGUGACUUUUGAAGACGGUGCAAAUUUAGCAAUAACUUAUAAUAUCGAUUUUAAUGAAUGCUCAACAAAAUACAAUAUUAAUAUUGAUCAAAUUAUGAUCAAGUUUAUAGAUAAAAUAAAUGAAAUUUUUUUCGAAAAUGAAGAAAAAGAAAUGAAGCUAUCUGAUUUAGAAUUAAAAAAGAAAGUCUGUAAUAUAAAUUAA